CCAGCGGGGAAGAAAGGAGGCGAGCGGGCGGAAGGCGCCCUCCCCGCCGCCUGGGCCCCGGCACCGGGUGCCGGGCCGAGGUCCUUCCCGCCUCCCGCGGUCGCCGGCCGCUUUGUUGGCCCCGCCCCGGGCGCUCCGGGCCGUUCCAGAGGGGGCGCCGGACCGCGGCGCGCAGGGAAGGCGGCGGCAGGAAGCGCGCUGGCAGCGAGGGGACCCAGGAGUCCGGCCGGUGCCGCGUGACGAGGUCCGGGAGGGGACGGGGGCCGGGGGCGCCCGCAAGCCGAGGCCUCCCCGUCGAGGGGGGCGAUGUUCCCCUCUCCUGAGGGCUCUGCGUGCAGCCGGGGCAACGCGCAGCUGGGCCCCGGGCCUCCGCUCUGGGCACCACUAUGGAGACUCUGUGCCCCACUCCGCGCCUGGCGGUGCCGUCGUCCCCGCGGGGGUCGCCAUGCGCCCCCUCGCCCCGGAAACCUCGCCGGGGGACUCAGUUCUCCUCGCCACUGUGCCUGCGCGCCCUGGCCUUCUGCGCCCUCGCCAAGCCGCGCGCACCCUCCAGGGGCCUGGGUCCCUGCACCUCCCCGUUCCCGGACGGCCUGAGGCAGCCCGCGCGGCCCCGCGCCCCGAGCCCUGCUGCCCACGAAGAUGCGGGCUCAGCCCCGCGCCCCGGCGACGCGCAGGAGGAAGAUGACGGAGGACCCCGCGCACCUCCGGGCCGCUGCCCCGAGCUUCUGUGUCCCCAAGAGGCACCGCCCGCGCCGGCUCCGGGCCUCCAGUUCCAGCCUUGUCCCGCCGGCAGCCCACCGCCACCUGCAGGUCUCGCGCCGUCGUCGCCGGAGCAAGACGGACGCCCCCCGCCCGAGGCACCCGCCACAGACCCCGAGGCACCAUCCGCAGACCCCUCGCUGGCCGCGCCGGUCGACCUCCGCCAGGAACACUUCGACCGUCUGAUCCGCCGCUCCAAACUCUGGUGCUACGCGAAGGGCUUCGCUUUGGACACGCCGAGCCUGCGCCGCGGUCCCGAGCGGCCACCCACAAAGACCCCGGGCAAGGGCGCCACCAAGAAGCGCCGCCGGCAAGCGUCCGCCCCGCGUCCGCCGCCCCCGGCCCGCGCGCCGCCACGCCGGCCCGCGCCCGUGCUGCCCGAAGCCGGCUCCUUCAGCCUGCUCAGCUGCUUCCCCUGUACGCCUGCCCUGGUGGUGGGUGACGAUGGAGACCUGCGGCCGGCCGCCUCGCUGCGCCUGCAAGGCGACGCCCGGCCGCCGCCCGCCCACCCCGUGUGGCGGUGGCAGGUAGGGGGCCCUGCGGUCCCCGAGCCCCCCGGUUGCAAGUUUUGGGGGGUCAACCUGGAAGAACUCUAAACGUGGGACACCGCUGCUGCUGCAGAGGACAGCUGGGGUUUCCGGGCUCGAGGACAGAGCCUGGCUUCUCGCUUCUGCUUGUUCUCGACGCUUUCUGCUCCGCGGGCUUGGGGACUCGAGUGACCGAGCUCAGAACAGCCCAGACCCAAGUGAUCUCUGUUCUGCUCAUUUCGGCAGGGGAGCCGAGGGCUGCAGUCGGGGACAGCCGAGUGACACGAAUUCCUGCCCCACCCUGGUGCUAUGGGGUAUAGUUAAGAAGGCCACUGUUCCCACACCCCAGAAGGAACUAGAGAGACCUUGGUGACGGACAAACCGCUUGUUUCUGCGUCCCGGGGCGAGCCUGGGCUUUGGGGGCUACAGAGGGGCCGGGAUGGUGAUUGGCAGCACCCUGGGGGGCCCCACCCCCACCGCUCAACCUUUAACCCUUGGCUGCCCGCAAGCCUUAGAGCCUGCACCCCUGAGCCCUUCUGGGGAAGGGGCCAGGUCACCCCCUCUUGCUCCCCCCUUGGCCCCUCUGAGUUCAGGCGACUUAACGAUUGGUGAGAGCUUCAGUCUCAGCCACUGGUCUUCCUUUUUUGCCCAGUUUGGAGUCUUUGCCCCCCAGUUUUUCAUUUGCUUUCAGUUCAUAGGUCUGAUGGAUUGAAGAGAAACCCUCACCUUGGCAGCCACCCCUCCCGCAGUUCACAGUUAAAAGAGGGACAGGACCUGGGGACCCCGUGGUCUCCUCUUCUGUAGACUUUGCCUGGGGACAGGGCAGAAGACUGUCCCAGGCAAAGUAAUGGAAGGUGGAAGAAAUCAAUAAAAUCAGACCAAACGAGUCGCCUCUCGAGGUCCUCUGGCCCGAUUAAGGAGGGGAUAGAGUUGAGGGCAGGCCUGAGUCCUUUCUCUGGUCACCCAGAUUUGAUCCCCUUAUGAGUUGUGACAAACCAGCCUGUCCUUUGCAGAGGGGUCACAAAAAGGGCUCACGUGGAGUUUGAAGCGGCAGGGUUCGGUGUGGGCGAGACCAGGCCGACACCCUCGGUGAGCGCUUGGGUUGUCAGGGCCUGAUCGAUCCGAGAGGCGGCGGGGCCUGGGGAUUAGGCUCGGGGUCAGAGGUCCCUUUUUCAGGCCAGGCCAGCUUGGCUGGGCCACGCCUGGUGUGAUGGUGAUGACUGCCUAGGUGCGCACCUCAGCUGGGGUGGGGUGGCCAGGUGCCCACCUUGGAGGGACCUGCGGCCUUUUGCUCUGCACUGCACUAGUGAGUCACUCCCGCUUCCCCUGAGAGGGGACCAGGGAGGGUCAGUUCCCGCGUCUGACCCUGGGGAAGGGCUUGUCUCCUUUUCUGUGAAAAUGCUUUAUAAAAAUGUUAUUGUUUGCAUAGAGCAGAUUCUUGAAAAACUGUUU